AUGCUUGGUGGCCGUGCGGAUGGCGGGAGCCGGAGUAGAUCAUUUAGCGUGGCGGAGAGCCCCGCCACCCCACCCCGGAUCCAGCAGCAUCCGGAGCAGUGGGGAGGGGGAGCUGCUGGUCCCACUUCCCUCGCCCCGAAAGCAUCCUUCUCGCCUCGCCAUCUGGGUUAUAGUAUUGAUGGGUUCUGUGAGCUACUGUAUAACAGCGGAAAACGUGCAAGUUCCGAGUUCAAAUCAAUAGCGGCCAUUCGACUGCAAGUGCCAUCAGUUUAUCUUCUGUCUGGACUAUGCUCUUAG